GCGCGUUCUCUUACUGGACAGACUAUAGUAUAAUAGUUGAAUACUGAGUUGUUAGCAUCAAAAGUGUAAUGAUUACUGAAAUGUAAAACAGUAAUAUAAUGAUGCCUUUUAUCAUAAUAUAUUUUUUUUAAGAUUAGGUUAAUUAAUAAUAGUUUAACAUACCGAUUAUCAUUUAGUUUAGAAAAACGAUAUGUAAGCAAUAUAAAAAAUAUAAAAGAAUGUUUUUUCAACUUUAACAUAAUUAAUGAAGUAGCUUAUGAACCACAAGUACAACUGACAAAAUAAAAUUAACAUAAAUUUCAAACAUUGCUAUGCACUUAAAAAUUGAAAUGCAUUCAAUCCUCAAUCUGACGUGAUUAUAAAAUGGAACCAGUUUUUGUUUAUGGAACGUUGAAAAAAAAUCAGCCUAAUAAUUACCAUCUCAAUGACACUAAAAAUGGCUGUGCAGUGUUUAGAUCAGUCGCCGUCACGGUCAAUAAAUAUUCCUUAGUAAUUUCCACUAGAUUUAAUAUACCAUUUUUGUUACAAAAUGAAGGCACUGGGAAUGAAAUUAGAGGUGAAAUAUAUGACAUUGACACAAAAAUGUUGGAAUAUUUGGACGAUUUUGAAAAUCAUCCAAAUUUUUAUGAACGACAAAAGGCUCAAGUCAAAUUACCAAAUGCAGAUAUUAUUGAUUGUUGGAUAUAUUUUUUACCAAACUAUCCAGAUAGUUAUUUGGAAUUACAACGCUUUGACAAUUAUGAUUCUUAUGGUGAACAUGGACUUUCAUAUGUCACAAGGUAUCAAAGAGAUCCAGAUGACAAAUUAUCAUUUCCCAAUUGGAAAUCAUCUAAUUAAUGAUAUUUAAAUUAAUUUACAGUGAAGAACUACACUUAUUGGAAUAAGCCUUCAAGUUAUUCAAUAAAAUAAAGCCAUAGAGGUUUCCUCUUCUCA